AGAAGAGAGAGAUGAGCGCCACAAAACAAAAGGCAGACUGAGCAGAUUUGAACCCCCACAAGCAGACGCUGAUGGACAGCGGCGUCCAAGUAAGAAAAUGGAUCAACAAUCAAGAAGAAACAGAGCCUCUGGUGCUCUUGAUGACUAUGCUCCUGGCUCACAUGAUGUGGGUGAUCCAAGUACAACUAAUCUUUAUCUUGGCAACAUCAAUCCUCAGAUGAACGAGGAGAUGUUGUGUCAUGAAUUUGGAAAGUUUGGGCCAUUGGCUAGCGUUAAAAUCAUGUGGCCACGGACAGAUGAGGAGCGAGCACGGGAGAGGAACUGUGGCUUUGUUGCAUUUAUGAAUAGGCGUGAUGCAGAGAGAGCAUUGAAAAACUUGAAUGGAAAAAUGGUUAUGUCCUUUGAAAUGAAGCUAGGGUGGGGAAAAGCUGUGCCUAUCCCUCCACACCCAAUAUAUAUCCCCCCAUCUAUGAUGGAACACACCCUACCACCUCCUCCAUCUGGUCUGCCUUUUAACGCCCAGCCGAGAGAGCGCCUCAAGAACCCCAGUGUGCCAUUGUUACCACCACCCAAAAAUAAGGAGGAGUUUGAGAAGACUCUGUCGCAAGCCAUAGUCAAAGUGGUUAUCCCAACAGAAAGGAAUUUACUUGCUCUGAUUCAUCGCAUGAUCGAAUUUGUGGUGCGUGAAGGGCCAAUGUUUGAAGCUAUGAUCAUGAACCGAGAACUCAACAACCCUAUGUUCAGAUUUUUAUUUGAAAACCAGACCCCUGCCCACGUGUAUUACAGGUGGAAGCUUUACUCAAUACUACAGGGAGAUGCUCCCACAAAAUGGAGGACAGAAGAUUUCCGGAUGUUUAAAAAUGGUUCUUUCUGGAGACCACCACCAUUAAAUCCUUACCUGCAUGGAAUGACAGAGGAACAGGAACCUGAGCCUUUUGUUGAGGAGCCCAUCAAAAAGGGAUCUCUUAAAGAAGAACAAAGAGACAAAUUAGAGGAGGUGUUACGAGGAUUAACACCACGGAAGAAUGACAUUGGUGAUGCCAUGGUGUUCUGUCUUAACCAUGCUGAAGCAGCAGAAGAGAUUGUAGACUGCAUAGCGGAGUCUUUGUCUAUCCUGAAAACUCCCCUCCCUAAGAAGAUUGCCAGACUCUACCUGGUGUCUGAUGUCUUGUAUAACUCUUCUGCUAAAGUUGCCAAUGCAUCCUACUACAGAAAAUUCUUUGAAAAUAAAUUAUGCCAAAUCUUUGCUGAUCUGAAUGCUGCUUACAGAGCCAUACAAGGACAUUUGCAGUCAGAAAAUUUUAAGCAACGUGUUAUGGCCUGCUUCCGGGCAUGGGAAGACUGGACUAUUUAUCCUGAACCCUUUUUAAUCAAGCUACAAAAUAUUUUCCUUGGUCUUGUAAAUAUUGAGGAGAAGGAACCUGAGGAGGUAAUAGAUGAUUUGGAUGGUGCUCCAAUUGAAGAAGAGUUAGAUGGGGCUCCACUGGAGGAUGUGGAUGGAAUUCCUCUUGAUGGAGCACCACUUGACGACUUGGAUGGUGUGCCUAUAAAAACCCUUGAUGAUGACUUGGAUGGUGUUCCAUUGGACAUUUCUGAUGACUCUAAAAAGAAUGAGCCAAUUUUUAAGGUAGCUCCCUCUAAAUGGGAAGCUGUAGAUGAAUCAGCGCUGGAAUCACAAGCUGUCACCACAUCCAAGUGGGAAUUGUUUGACCAGCACGAAGAGUCUGAUGAGGAAGACAAUCAAAACCAAGAGGAAGAGAGUGACGAUGAAGAGGAUACACAGAGUUCUAAAUCGGAGGACCAACAUUACUAUUCCAAUCCAAUUAGAGAUGAUAUGUCUGAUUCAAAAUCAUUUAAAUAUUCUGAAAUGAGUGAAGAAAAACGUGCCAAACUUAGAGAAAUUGAGCUAAAGGUAAUGAAGUUCCAAGAUGAAAUUGAAUCUGGAAAAAGGCCGAAGAAGUCCGGGCAGAGUAUUCAGGAACAAGUUGAACACUAUCGUGACAAGCUGCUGCAAAGGGAAAGAGAAAAAGAGCUGGAAAGGGAAAGAGACCGAGAUAAAAAAGAUAAAGAAAAGUUUGAAUAUCGAACAAAAGACAAAAAAGACAAAGAGGAGUCCACACCAACAAGAAAAGAAAGGAAAAGGCGUCACAGUGGUUCCCCCAGUCCAACACGCAGUAGCAGCAGUAAGCGCGGCAAAUCUCCAUCACCAAAAUCAGAACGCUCUGAGAGGUCACACAAGGACGGCUCCCGAUCACGGUCCUCUCAUAAAGACUCUCCCAGAGAUGCCAGUAAAAAGGGCAAAAGGUCACCAUCUGGAUCUCGAACACCUAAAAGAUCUCGGCGGUCACGAUCAAGGUCACCUAAAAAAUCAGUAAAAAAGUCCAGAUCACAGUCCCGAUCCCCACACAGAUCUCACAAAAAGUCAAAGAAAAGCAAACACUGACAGGACUUCCUACUACCACCUUUUUUUUCUUUCUUUUUUUUAUGAAGAUGUCAUUUAAUUAAAUUGCUUUAUUUUUUUUUCUUUGUGCCUGAGACGUUCAAGAGAAAAAUAGCUGAAAAGAAAAAAAACGUAAAAAUAUCAAAAACCCAAUAAGGCAGCAUUCCUACAUUUUCUGUGAAUGCAUGUAAGUAACUGCAUCUGUAGAACUUGUCACUGUUUUAUAUUGUACAAAGAAAGCCCUGUCCACCGUGACUAUGUAUUUCCACCAAACGAACCGUUUGUGCUAGGAAUUCCUCCACCACUGUCUGUAUAUGAUCUGCUGGCGGUAGUAAACCAUUUUUUUUUU